UGAUGAAGAACAUCAAACUCAGAUUGAACUGGAAAUCAGUUUGAUAACCACUUGGAGAGACACACAGCUCUCACAGGCAGGGGACUUGAUUAUUGAAGUUUAUCUAGAAGAAAAGAUACCAGACUGCUGCGUCACUCUGAAAGUGUCUCCCACAAUGUGUGCUGAGGAGCUGACCAAUCAGGUGCUGUAUAUGAGAAAUAUUCCUGCAGGGGAAAAAGACGUGUGGAUGACCUUUGAGGCCAUCGAGGAAGGAGAGCUUGAGCGACCUCUUCACCCUAAAGAGAAGGUUCUGGAACAAGCGCUACAGUGGUGUAAAAUGGCCAAUCCCAGCUCAGCGUAUCUGGUGGUGAAGAAGGUGCCUAGAGGAGAAGCUAUAGACAUUUUCACAG